UCCUCAUGAACCGACACUCCUUACCAGUAGGUGGCGGUAACGCGUUUACCUAACGGCUUUUGCCAACCGACAACUAAAACUGAAGAAGAGCUGUGAUGCUAGCAGCGUUAGCUUAGCUUCUGCUUGGACUCAAUCUAGAGAGUUUGACCAUCUGCGGGAUGAAUAUGUGAAUGUUUGCAGUAAUGAUGUCUUCAGUCCAGCUAAAACGAGACGAGCAGUUAACCGCUGCUGAAGAAACAUCCACAGAGUUUAAAGGAAUGGCCGUGAAGGAGGAAGAGACGGAAGAUCAGCGCAGACUGCUGGGUUUCCCUCGGACUCCCCGGUUCACUUCACACCGAAAAGACGAUCUACAGGAUUAUGUUUGGAAAGAGGAGGUUUCUUCUGACCAGCAGCUCUGGAAACAGGAGAGGGAUUCCAGUUUGGACCAGGAGGAGCCAGAACCUCUGCAGAUGACAGAAGAGCAGCAAGAGCCAGAACAUCCCUGGACUAAAGAGGAAGUAUUGGAGAUCUGCAUAGGUGAGCAUGAAGACCAACUUGAACUGAAGCAGGAGGCUGAAGAUACAUUUAUGGUGACUUCAAAUGAUGAAGAAAAGAACCACAUUAAACCAGAACCAAUCAGGAACCAAGUCAUCUCUCAGGACUUCAGUGAAGCUGAGAACCAGGAUCAAGAAGGAAACUAUCAUAUAGACUCAGAAUCAAAACAAGAUAAAGCACAGAAACCAGAGAAGAGUUGUCUGAAAACCAUAAAGAAUGAUAUUCUUUAUAGUGUUGCCUUUGGGUAA